AUGGCUCCCGAUAUCUUGCACCUGCCCGACGGGCAGACCUUUGACAUUACCCCCGUCUUCGCCGGCGUCGGGUUUCGCAGUCACGAGUACAACACCCACCAUCACCCGUACCCCGCUGGCUGGACCACGGUCCUGCACACAGAAGAGGAACGCGUCUCCCUCAACAGCGAGCACGGCAAUCAUGCCGACCAGAGAGCACGCAAGGACUCGGCUCGCGAGCUUGCGGAGCUUGACGAUGCCAAUGGCGCCAGGCACACCCAUAGACUCACUCGCCCCUUCACCGUCCCGACCCUCACCAACGACACCCUCUUCAUCUCGUCCGUCGCCAACCCUCCCAGCGCCGAGUUCAAGCCCGCCACCAGCCCGACCCGCCAGAUCGCCAUGAUGCUCUGGGUCACCCUCUACUGGUACUUCCACCAGCCUGAGCCUAUUUCGACGGUCGAUACCGCUCACUCGCGCGACACCCCCCAUGCUGCGAAGCCGCGCGCCGACUGGAAGAUCUACAUCCGCCGCGAGGGCAUCCUGCGAGGUCGCAACCUGAUCCCCAAGCUCGAGCGCAUGGGGCUCAUCGCCUCCGAGGACUCGGCCGCCGACACCGGCCACGACGACACCGGCGAUAGCUGGGCUCGCAUGUUCGUAUCCAAGCGCAUGUUUUGGCAGAUCCCCGGCCACCUCUUCCUCUUCACCCUUCAGCCCAUGCGCACAGUCUCCCCGGGUCUCAACUCCUAUCCGGGCUCUCCUGCCGGCAGCCGCCCGAGCUCACCGAGCCGGCCCGGCUCUCCCGGCGUCGACGGCCCCCUGCUGCUACCGCCCACGUCGCAGCAAAUGCACUUCAACUCGGACCUGCCCGGGGCCCCGAUGCCCACAACCCCGACCGUGGGGCCCAUGCCCUUUCCCAUCUCACCCUUCUUCUCCACAUCCCACCUGCCGACCUACUACCCGCCGGCGCCUUUGCAGUACGUCUGGACUGACGGUGUGCGCCACCCGUUGCGUCCGAAGCCGCCUCGCAUGGGCGAGGUUUUUUACACUCGCUACGUCCCGAGUGUAGGCGAGUAUCUGUCCUUCCGUGUCGCUUCCUCCUCAGCGUCUCCCGUGCCAUAUUUCGGCCCCAUUUGUUCCAGCGCCAACAAGAGGACGCCGGAGCAGCAGCACCUGGCGACUCUCAGCGACACCGCACUGCUUAAGACGUGGCACGCCAACCCGCGCGUGCGUGAGUUUUGGGGCGACUACGGGGCCGGCCAACUUGAGACGGCUCUGCGGUCGCGCCAUUCAUUCCCCGUGAUUGGACUGUGGAACGGUAUCCCGUUUGGAUACUUUGAGGUCUAUUGGGUCAAGGAGGACGUUUUGGGGCGGCACGUCGCGGGCUGCCACGGCGACGUCGGAGACUGGGACCGCGGCCUGCACAUCAUGGUAGGAGAGGAGUGGGCAAGAGGAAAGGUGGCCGCGUGGUUGACGGGGCUGAUGCAUUGGUGUUGGAUAGCGGAUAUUCGGACCAUGAGCGUGUGCCUGGAGCCGCGCGUUGACAACCAGAGGAUGCUUGGGCAUUUGGACACCCUGGGCUUCUCCAAGGAGAGGCAGGUGUCGUUCCCGCAUAAACAGGCCUGGUUUGUUCGAUCUCGGAGAGAUGCAUGGGAAGGUCCAGCGCUGUAG